AUGGCGACAUUCCAUGAUCGAGCAACCUCUGCGACGCCCACGCAAUACCGUGUGUUUGGUGACAGCAAGCGCUCCUCAUCUAGUGCCGAUGAUGAAUCUGCCGAUGGGAGCUGGCAUGAUGCCGUUUCGACUACCGCUUCGCGCCACCCUGGCCCUUCGUCGUCGGGCACCCAGGCGUCGCUCAGCGCAAAGAGCGCCUCGUUAACCCCGUCCAAUAUCACACAGGGGAGCUUCAACUCGGAGCUAAGACACGCCAGUAUAUCAAGAAAUGCGACUCCACGCCCGCCAGAGUCGAUCAACCACGGUCGGGGAAAUGGUGUUGGCGAUACGGAAGCUCCGACUACUGAGCAGCGGCAGGCCAUCAUCCGCGGCCAGAUUGAGAAAGAGAUAAAGAUUAAGACCGGGACUGAAAAUAUGCUGGAAGCCUUGCUGGCGAAAAAUAUGAAGCAGACAAAGGAGCAGCGUUUGAGGGUGGAGUCAGAGCUCAGUUCUUCCCAUCGGAAAAUAGCACAGCUUCAGAACGAGCUGGAGGAGGAGUUGAUGCGUGCUCAAUUGACGCCCAUAGAAGCUCCGGAGGCCAGAAGACUAUCUACCUUUUUCAAUGCAGGCUCGGGUCGGUCUCCCUCGAGAGCAACUACCCAUGCAACCGGUGAAAGCUUUGAGGAUGAGGAUAGCGAGUCGGAAUCUCCGACAGUUGUACUCUCUGAAACCUUACAAGAGCUAGAAGCUGCAGGCAUGUCGCCCGAUUAUUAUGUCGACCGGGCAAACAAUUUGGUGGACUUGUUUAAACGCUAUCCCACCCUUAAAUAUGACCUAGAGUGGUCUGUGUUUGGCCUAAGGGUACAGGUUAUGCUGCUGAGCGAAAGUCGUGAUGUUGUGGCGGCAGGCUACAGGUUAACUCGAUAUGCAAUUGCUGAUAGGAAGUCUAUCCAGGUGAUCAGGGCCCUGCAUACGGAUGAACUAGUGAUGCUCUCUCUUGUCAAGGAGUCUAAGGCUAGCAUGGAGCGUGAACAGGCGCUUAAGUUUGUUCGUGCAUUCCUAGAUGUCAAAGAUGGCGUUCGAGAGCUCUCACGCUCAGUGGUACGAACACUCGUAUCGAUAGCCGAGCACCGGGACGACCGCCUACGUAACAUCUGUAUCAUGACAAUUGCGGAGCUUCUUGUCAAGGACCCGGCACUGUUAUUCUCUGCCGGUGGAAUCGGCACCUUGAACGAUGUACUAGGAGAAGGCACCUUUGGGGCAUCUGAGAGUUUGGCAGCUGGUUUUGUUCACGUCUUGGAUACCCCUAGGAGCAGAAAAUACCUCCGGGCAGGAUGUGAGCUGAAUUCUGUCUUCGCAAACUUCACCGAGACUGUUCCGGACAGCGACCGCCAUUUGAAGUUGAAGUUCUCCGCGAAAGCUAUAUCCGCAAUGCUCAAAACGUGGCCUGGCAUACUAACACUUGCCCAGAACCCAGAGAGGCCACUCCAAUCACUACUCCUUUCUUUGCAGUUUCCGGACCCUCAAUCCAGAGAUCUGAUUCUAGAACUUCUAUUUGAUGCCCUUCGUAUCAAGCCCCCUUCCUGGUCCUCCUCGUUCCUGGCUGGAAGGAGACUCACAACAUACGGCCGAGUGGCUAAUAUGAAAUCUGACCAAGAAAAGAAACAAACACGCGCAGUUUAUGAAGAUGAGGAUAAUGCUUUUGAUUUAACUGCCCACUUUUCUGGGCUCAUUUUGGCCUUAUUAGUUGAAGCAGGAUUGAUCAAUGCAUCUAACUCGCGCAUCCAGGUGUUAUCUGAUCUGAUCGAAGAUGAGCCUGAUCUCUCCUUAAAAAGGAAGACAACUCUACUCCUCGCAGAGGUUUUAAGACGUGCUCAACGUUGCUUGCCCUCUUCCAUGUGUUCCAAUCUCCACCUUCUUCCUAGCCUUCUCCCGUCAUCCUCCUCACUCAAGGGGAGAUCCGACAACCAGUAUCUUUCUACAUCAACCAUCUACCAAAUGGAAAGCAUCAAUCGGACAAUGACUCGAUCUGACGAUAUAUCAGAUGUCAGCGGCAGAUACUACGUCAGCGCCGAAAUACCAGCAUCUUUGUUUACAGGAGAACAGAGCAAAUCCAAACUCAGUGCCACAAUGGAUGAAGCUCAGUUCCGCACUGCUAUUUUGGACACCAACGUUCUUAGUUCUGUUAACUUCAUGAAAUGGAAAUGGGACCUUAUCCUAAACAUCAUCGAAGGACCACUAACAAACCCCAAACGGUUAGAUGAAGCUAUCAAAGGCUCCAAGUUCAUUAAGCGACUAGUAGGCUUCUAUCGGCCAUUCAAGUACAGGUUUUCAAUGGUUCGCAAUACCAAACCCAAUCGCCGAUAUAUCCGAACUGGCUGUGCUUUAAUGCGCUGCCUCGUCCAGAGCCCUGAAGGGUCAAAAUAUCUAGCCCAGAAUAAACUUCUACGUCAAAUAGCCGAGUGUUUAGCUCAAGUUGACCGAAUGAGUGGCCUGACCUCCUUGUCGCCUUUGUUCUCCCGUGAGCAAAUGGCUGAUACCCUUAGUGGCGGAUAUUUUGCACUUUUAGGCACCCUGAGUAGCGAACCCAAUGGCAUCCAGAUGAUGGAAAGAUGGCAUAUGCUUAAUAUGUUUUAUCACAUUGUUGAAUUAACAGACCGGAAUGAUCUUAUCCAGACGCUUCUUGGGAAUAUGGACUUCACCCACGAGAGCCAUCUACGAGUUAUCCUUUCGAAAGCGCUGACUACGGGGUCAAAGGAUAUCCGUAUCUUCUCUACGAAACUGUUACGAAAUUACGUGAUUGGAAAAGUUUUGGAAGGAACCCCUGUCGAAUGGGUUAUUGAACUCCUUGUGACCCAGCUAUAUGACCCGGACGUCACUGUUUGCCAAGUUGCCGUCAAAAUACUAGAGGAAGCAUGUAACCAAAGAGACUACCUGGAAUAUGUUGUCAAGUGCCGCCCAUCCUUGGACCAUCUAGGGGAAAUUGGCGCUCCAUUGCUACUUCGUUUUCUAUCUACGUCAGUUGGGUACCACUACCUCGACGGGCUCGACUAUAUCACUCAGGAGAUGGACGACUGGUUCUUAGGAAGAAACGAUGCAUACGUUGGAUUGGUAGAGGCAUCGUUAUCCCGUGCAUAUAUUGACCAACCCCGUCGGAACAGUUUAGCUCUGAAUGAUAUAGUCGAGAUGCAAGAUAUUGGCCUUGUGCCCCCGCAUUUUUACCGAGAGCUUGCACGUACGGCAGAAGGAUGCAAGCUUCUAGAGCAGUCCGGCCAUUUCUACGAAUUUGCAUCGACAUUGCGAGACUUCCAACUUGAUGAAGAAGACGCGGAGGUGUUGCUAAAAGUCAAAGGUUCGCUAUGGGCUAUCGGUAAUGUAGGCUCAAUGGACCUCAGUGCGCCCUUUUUAGAAGAAACGGAUAUUGUGGAAAGGAUAGUGGAGAUAGCGGAAAAUGCAGCAGUCAUGACUAUGCGUGGAACGGCAUUUUUUGUCUUGGGACUGGUAUCCAGAAGUCAGCAUGGCCUUGAGAUGCUCAUUGAAGCCGGGUGGGAUGCAGCCGUUGAUCAGCGAGGACGCUCGUUGGGGUCGUGCAUGCCACUGAACCUGAGCAAAUUAUAUUCGGUACAAUUUGAGCCAUACCACGCUCGUACCGAAGAAGACAAGGCGGCGAGGAACAGAUACAAAGCUGCAUCCAGGGACUCCGACCCACUAAAACAGAAGAUACUGAGCCUUGUCAUCGACAUGGGGAACACUGUUCUUGCCAAAAAAGCGGCAGCAGACUUGCAGGUGCUCAAAACAAACCGCCCUGAUUGUUUCCGGCGUAUCGACCUCUUCGAAAAGGUCCUUGUUAUUCUAGAGAGCCAUCAUUUCCGGCUAUCCGCUCGACGUUUUGCCCUGGAAUUGUUUGACAAAAGCGUGGUCAGACGUAUCAUCUUCGGAGAUGACUCUGGCUCUGAUUCCGAAAUGUCAGAGUAG